UUGACAUAUUGUCAUUUGCUGUUCACGCGUUCUUUUGUGCAAAUUGCGAUACAAAUAGUAAAACAAACAAAAUAUUUUAGUUUUAACGCGCUUAAAACAUCUCACCCAUGAAUUUGUUUAUUUGUUUGCUAUUAUAAGUUUAACUAGAAAAGCCUAAGGAUGAUGAGCGACGAUGAUCGCGACAUUGAUAUCGAAAGUGAUGCCGAGAAUGACUCCGACUCUAGGCCACACGCCAGAAAUAGUUUGGGGGGAAGUGGAUACUACUCUCAGGUGGCGGAAAAACGAGCACACCAUAAUGCUUUGGAACGGAAAAGAAGAGAUCACAUAAAAGAUAGUUUUACAUCAUUGCGAGAAGCAGUUCCAGCUCUACAAGGGGAAAAAGUUAAAUAUAAUCCUUAUUUUAAGGAUGCCAAGGCGAGUCGUGCUCAAAUUUUAAAGAAAGCAGCCGAGUACAUACAGUUCAUGAGGCGGAAAAACAACGCUCACCAGCAAGACAUUGAUGAUCUAAGAAGGCAAAAUGCCAUACUUGACACUCAGAUACGGGCAAUGGAAAAGGCGCGAGCAACUGGAAACUACAUGGAUGCACACGAAUUAGGAAUAAAAUCGGAAGGCAGUUCACACGACACUGACAGUUCAGAUGGGGAAGGCACCACCCGCAGGGUCAAGAAACUCAAGAUAAACAGUGUCAAUGUGUAAUGUAGAUAUUAGGAGACUAAUAGGAACAUUUCCUUUGGAUUGAAUACGUAAAAUUUAUAAAGUUAACGCCAAACAUACUGUCAGCAUCGCAUUUACCGAUUUGCUAUGUAUGUAUUUACAUAUGAAGGUGGGUCGGGUCACUUUCGAUUUAGCGUUAUAGCUCGCAACGUUUGGCCGCCUAAAGUAUAAUAAUGUACGGUGACGAAGUUUUGGGUGACUUUUUUUGAAACAAUUUUCACUUAUCAAACCAGUUGCCAACUGUCAGGUAAAAAUGCAAUUGACAUUUAUGGCAACUUCUAAUUUAGCAACUUAUUGUGUAUUUAGCCCGGAAAGUUUGCACCUACAAUGUUUUUAUUGUACAGUGGCAAAGUUUUGAGUGUUUUUUUUUACUCAUUUAUUACUUGUUCAAACAGUCAACCUUUCUUGAGAACCUCUGUUUAAACGUCAGAUAAAAAUGCACAUCGUAUCGACUGAAUACAAAUUAUAGCAAUGCAAUAUGAGCUUAAUGCCGUCAUACAUAAAGUGCUGUUUGAAGUGUACGAUGCGUGGCCAACGUGUACUAUACACGGCGUAUACUACGUGCACAAUAUAACAUGUUACGUCACAUGACAUAAAGCUCAAAUCCCACUGUUUGAAUUCCUGCCGAGUCGGUGUUGAGUCGUUAUGGUAUAAAAAAUAUGUUCAAAUUAAUUAGCAGGUGACGGUAUGUUUGGCGUGAGCAAUGCCUUAGUGACUUUAUAAUUGUGAUAACAAGUAAGAAGUUACUAUUAUUUUAUUUUUUUUAUUUCAUGCAGGAUCAUGGAAUACUAACAUUCUGUCCGAUCUAUUACGAUCGUUUGGGUAUUUGAGACUUGGGAAAUGUGAACAUCCUUGGGGUUAAUGGCUGGCGCACAUUUAGAUGAACAGCUCUCGUAUCGUGUAAGUUUUCUGACCGGUGCGAACCGGUGGCAUACUUACUAAGAAAUCUGCUCGCUCGCAAUCGAGGAGUCGAUUUCGAGUAUCGAAAUACUGAAGCAUCAGAGUAAAAUUGAUCUUUUUCAAAUUAAGUUUAACUUUUAAUAUAUAUAUAUAUAUAUACCUACGAUUCUUUAGCUUUAACUGAACGUAAAUUAAAACCAGAAGUACAGGAUUUGUGACUCUAAACAAAGGACAUAAGACCCAUGUUUCUUUGGCGUUAUAGAGUUUGAUAUGCAAAAACGAAUAUCCUUGAUUGCGAGCAAGGAAAUCGUGUAUUAAGGCUGCGGAUCUCACAGAAUUUAAUUCGAACAGGGGUGGUUGCAGUCAGACCGUUAAUGUGUUCGCUACGCUCACAAAUCGCCACCACACACUUAGUAUAAGUUUUGCACGCUCGCAAUCCUGAAGUAAUUUUCUAGUAUCGAAACAUUGUAACGUUAAAGCAAAAUGGACCUAACGGAGUUGAAAAUUCUGUAACCCCUUUUUUUUGCUUUAGAAGCGUGGAUAAAUUUUAAUUAUAUAUUAGAAUAAAUUCCAUUUUACUCUGACGUUUCAGAACCGACCUUCGAUUAGGAGCUCACAAACCUUAUACUAAGGGACAGUUAACAACUGUUAGAAAUGUUUUAAAGUAUGGGGCAGCUCUGUAAAAUUGCGAUCAUGAUAUCAACUGUCUGUUUUAUGUUUAAAUGCUGAUCAAGCAAUAUGAUGAUCAGUGUAUUUUUUAGUUGUACAAACUUUUUUAAAUUGUUAAGAAGUUGUUUAUUUUUAAUAUCGUGUAAAGAGAAAAAAAAAAAACUUUUGGCUGCUCAAAAUCAUAUGUUGUGUUAUAUAAAUGUAUGAAAAAAUUUUGUGGACGAGGUGGUAUGCGAAGUUUAUUUUUUAUUAAGAUAGGGACCUGCACCUAGCGCAAGUAAUAUACUGAAUAGGAGAAGAUAAGAGUUAUUUACGUUCAAUUUACAUAGCAUGCGUCUUAUUUUUUUUUCCAUUGCAAAAUGUACUGUGAAAUGUGCUUCGGCCCACCUAAAUGUGCACAAGCCUUAAACAUCUGGCCUGUGAAAUAAGUUACAAGGCAAUUAAUUAUAUAUUUACCAUUUUAAAAAUAAAUAUAGAUUACUUAUUUUGUACACAAUAUAUUUUGAGAUCUUUUUAAUGGCCAAAGAACCUGUUAAAUGGGUUUUAUUGCGAGUUGCCUUUUAAUUUUGUUCUAGCAAUAAAUUAUUAAAUAUAAGGAUGAAUAUACUUACCGAUUAACUCAACUUUUUCUUGUGUCUUACCUUCUACAAUUAUUAUUAACUACAUAGAAAUUUAGUUUAGUCGAGAAAUUUAUCUACAAUAGAAUCGUCUUAAUUUCUUUUAGCCAUUUAAAUAGACUUUAUACUGUUAUUAGGAUGAUAAUGGCUUCAGAUAAAACAAAUAUACUACGACAAUACACACAUCGCCAUCUAGCCCCAAAGUAAGCGUAGCUUGUGUUAUGGGUACUAAGAUGCCUGAUGAAUAUUUUUAUGAUUUAUAUACAUAAAUACUUAGAAUAUACACAAACAUUUUCCAGUAGUGGGAAUAGAACCCACGGCCUUGGGCUCAGAGAGCAGGGUCGCUGCAAACUGCGCCAAUCGGCCUGUCACGAACUGUUUCAAUCCAUAUAUCUAUACAUUCAAACAAUUAUGUAUCCCAAUCAUCGCAAACUUUCACUCAUUAGUUGGACUGCAAUACACUCAUGUUUUGUAAUUUCACAUUCAAAUGGCUGGAUUAAAAAAGAUAAUUUAGAUUAACAUUUUUAAAUUAUUUUACUCAAUGAUAUGUAAUGAUAAUCUCAAAGGAUAUCCUGUUUCGGUUUUGAUUGAUGUUGGGUUAGCUUUAAACAUAUUCAUAAGUUAGGUCAUAAAUUAAUCUUAGUCUUCUUGGACAUCAACUUUAAUAACAUUCCUGUAGUUCAGAAAUGUUUGAUAUUAAUGAAUGACGAACCAUUGUCCGGUGGAUACUUCUGUUUUUUUUCGUGAAAAUAAUUUUGUUUUACUAGAGAGUAAAUAAUUAUUUGUUCUUUCAUAAUUUAUGUGGGAUUUUUUGUAUAUAAUUGCAAACAAAGAUAUUUUUGCAUUGAUUUCAGUCUGGCGAAAUGUUUCUAUCAAGAAAGGGGUGAUAAGUGGAUUAGAUAAACGGUCCACUAACGUAAUAAUAAUAGUAAAAUCCCGCCAAGUAAAGUGGUGGGCUUAAAGUCCUACAGGAGGGGGCUGGGCCUACUGGGCUGUGCCCAGUGUGGAUACUACAUUUAGUAUCUAGUAUCUAGUUUACAAAAACACCUUUUUGUAAACUAAUAAAUUAAGUCAUGUGGCUAAGCAGUCUUACAGAAAUGUUAUACCCAUUGAUGUUAAAGGGCAGUUUUUAAGGGACUGCAUUUCGGGAAACGGAAUUCAGCUGCCACGAUUUGAAACACAUAUUUUCCCACGCCAAAACACGCGUUCUGUAGGUACAUUUGAAGAAAGAACGGGAUGAUAUAAGUAUAUCUAAGGUUAAUUCUUUUUACAACUUGCUUACUCGUAUUUCUACACGAAAUCCUAUGUAAAAAAUAUUGUCUCUUAAUCAUUUAUUGUUCAGUUCUUGAAGACUAAUUAGAAAGUUAAGAAGUAAUAUAAAAUACUCUUGUUA